AUGGUCGUGUUCGAGGUAAUCAAUGCCGCUCCGCUCACGGAGAAGGUGCAAUCGCGGCAGGCGAACAUCUAUCUGUACCGGGCCAUGUGGCUCAUCGGAUGGAUUCCGCCAAAGAAAGGCAUCCUACGGUAUGUGUAUCUCUUCUGGACCUGUGUGCCGUUCGCUUUCGGUGUGUUCUACCUGCCGGUGGGCUUCAUCAUCAGCUACGUGAAGGAGUUCAAGAACUUCACGCCCGGCGAGUUUCUCACCUCCCUCCAGGUGUGCAUCAAUGUGUAUGGUGCUUCGGUCAAGUCCACGAUAACCUACAUAUUCCUCUGGCGUCUGAAAAAAACGGAAAUGCUCUUGGACGCCCUGGACAAGAGGCUGCAGAAUGACAGUGAUCGUCAGAAGAUCCACGAUAUGGUGGCACGUUGCAACUAUGCUUUUCUGAUCUACAGUUUCAUUUAUUGUGGCUAUGCGGGAUCUACAUUCCUGUCCUACGCCCUGAGUGGUCGCCCUCCCUGGUCUGUUUACAAUCCUUUCGUGGACUGGCGAGAUGGCUUCAUCAGCCUGUGGAUUCAGGCCAUCUUCGAGUACAUUACCAUGUCCUUUGCGGUGCUUCAGGAUCAGCUAUCAGACACCUAUCCCCUUAUGUUCACCAUUAUUUUUCGCGCCCAUAUGGAUGUCCUGAAGGAUCACGUGAGAAAUCUUCGGAUGGAUCCAGAACGUAGCGAGGCGGAAAACUAUCAGGAUCUGGUCAACUGUGUUAUUGAUCACAAGAUGAUUUUAAGGUGUUGUGAUAUGAUAAGACCCAUUAUUUCCCGCACCAUCUUCGUCCAGUUCCUGCUGAUUGGCUCCGUUUUGGGCCUGACCCUGAUCAACGUUUUCUUCUUUUCGAAUUUCUGGAAGGGCGUAGCCUCCUUCCUGUUCGUCAUCACCAUCCUGCUGCAGACAUUCCCCUUCUGCUACACCUGCAACCUGCUCAUCGACGACGCUGACGAUCUGGCCAACACCAUAUUCCAAUCGAACUGGGUGGACGCCGAGCCGCGCUAUAAAGCCACAUUGGUCCACUUCAUGCAUCAUGUCCAGCAACCGAUUAUCUUCAUAGCCGGCGGCAUAUUUCCCAUUUCCAUGAACAGCAAUAUAAGCGUGGCCAAGUUUGCUUUCAGCAUCAUCACAAUAGUCCGGCAAAUGAACUUAGCCGACCAGUUUCAGUGAUAUCCUGCACUAGAAAUGGCCACAAAAAGUCGAUUCUUUAUGUCCCCGAUUUGCAUAAAAUUUCUAUACUUUCCAGCUUAUCUCGUAAGAUUUUGGCUGAUUUAGUUGCCCAAAAUGGUAAUGGCGGAACGGGGCCCAGCCCCAGUGGCCUAAAAUUUUCAAAUUGUGUUAACAGACGGAAAUUACAACGGCCAGAUGAGUGAGUGUAACAACAACAACACUAACAAAUAACAAAGUCAAAAGGAUCUGGCCGUCUGGAAGGGAAUGGGACGGAGGACACAGGAAGUACAUGUAACCGUUUACAUAUUGUAUGCGAUUUUUAUUUAAAUUUUAUGCUAAACACGUGACUUGUAACCCACAAGAAAUGGGCGGCAAAAGGAGGACUAUAAUAACAUAGAAACGGAUCGCCCCAGCACGGGGUAAAAGCAAA